UAAAUUUGCAUUGGAGUUUAGUAUUUAAACAAUCGUAUCGUCGUUCUAGUUCUAGCGAUGCAUAACUUCAAUGUGAAACCAUACAACAAUACAGAGGGAAUGAGAAGGCUCUCCUCCUAGCAAGGAAGCUCCACUGGGUAAAAACCCAAUUCCGCGCUGUAAAUAAACCAGUGACAGUUCGAACAUGCGACCUGGGCACUGUGGGCCGCUCCACACUCUUUUUGUCAGUUUAAAUUGGUGUUGUUUUCAUUUAUGGCGGUUUGUUUACAGUUCGUUGCGGUUAUCAUCAGGAUCCCGUGGUUCGAUAUUCGGUCGAGUUUUCUUUUCGUCAACCUUAUCGUGACGAUCGUGGUGCUUGGUGGACUGUUGGCAACGAUCGAAAAGCAUCUGCCCACUGCCAUCCGGCAGACGUUCCGGUAUGACAAGCAUGCACUGAAGGGAUCAUCGGACCGAUUGGUGUCCCUGCUGGAGAUCCUGAAGGCGCGGUUCAUACAUUUCUACGUCUUUGCUGCCCUCUGGUCGGUGGCCGGAUUUGCCGUCAUGAUGUAGCCAGCGCGGGACUACGUAAUCGCCUUCCUCGAUACGUUGGCAACCAACAAGCGUAUGGUGCGCACCACGCCUACCGAGACGAUGAUGGCUAUGACGCUGAUCACGCUGCAGUGUUUGCGCCGGUUCUACGAGACCUGGUUCAUGCAGGUGUUCUCGAGCAAGCUGAAAAUCACCCACCAGUGCACA